UCCUGUUCGCCGAGUGACGACACCGCACGGCCUCUCCUAUCGGGCGUAGACCAGCGCCUGCGCACUAGCAAAGUGACCGGCAGGAUAGACGGAUCUGUGACGCCGGGCAGAGCAGACGGGAAGAUGUCCGGUCACUGGCAGCAGAGCGGGGCCCGCGGGAAGGACUUCACUAGUAUCAUACAGACAUGCAGCGGCAACAUCCAGAGGAUCACCAACAACACUGCUCAGAUUCAGACGUUACUAAAUCAGCUUGGAACCAGUAAAGAUUCAAGUAAACUUCAGCAGAACCUAGAGCAGAUUCAACAUUCCACAAAUGUCUUGGCGAAGGAAACAAACACUUAUUUGAAGGAUCUUGCCUUGGUUCCUGCUCCGCUGUCUCCAAAUGAGCAGCGUCAGCAGAAGCUGCAGAAGGAGCGUCUUAUGAAUGAUUUCUCUGCUGCACUAAAUCGUUUCCAAGCUGUCCAGAGACAAGUGUCUGAGAAGGAAAAGGAGACGGUUGCUCGUGCAAGAGCUGGAUCUCGUCUGUCGGGAGAUGAAAGGCAGAAGGAAGAGCAGCUUGUUUCAUUCGACAACAAUGAGGACUGGAACCAGAUGCAGGACCAAGAAGAAGAUCUUGGAAUUACGGAGCAGGACCUGGAACUCAUCAAAGAGAGAGAAAGUGCCAUCGUGAAAUUAGAGGCGGACAUUCUGGAUGUCAAUCAGAUUUUUAAAGACCUGGCAGUAAUGAUUCAUGAUCAAGGAGAAAUGAUUGAUAGUAUAGAAGCCAAUGUUGAAAGUGCUGAAGUUCAUGUAGAAAGAGGGACUGAACAAUUACAGAGAGCAGCAUAUUACCAGAAAAAGUCCCGGAAGAAGAUUUGCAUUUUGGUUCUGGUCCUUGCAAUUGUAGCUAUAAUUCUGGGCAUUAUUAUAUGGCUUGCAGUAAAAUCCUGAGCCAUGCAGCCUAUACUGGAGAGGACCCAGAACUCCUGAAAAUGUCUCCCAUUGUUCUGUAUAUAUUGAGAUUCUGCUGUGCAAAAAACAAAAACAAAAAAACAAAAAAAACAACCAUAAAUGUGAAAGACAGUAUUCUGAAAGCACACAGAAAGGGAAUGCAAGCAAGAGCCUGCAUAGAAAACUACAGUAACUGCACAGACUGCGAACGUAUGACAGCUAGCCUGAAAAAAACAAAAACUAACAUUUACUAUGCAGUUGACCUUCUAGUCAGCCCAAUAGUACCUUUUAGCAAUUCAUUGUGUGAGACACUACGCUGGUUACUACCAUUCAGCUGCUGGGUUCCUGAGUGCUGUAGAGCAGACCCUAAUACAUUCUGGCUUUUUUAAUAGCACUGUGCAAACAGUGGUGAGGAAUAACAGCCAAUCAUUCUGCUAAAAAGCUUAUUUUUGAUUGGUUACUCUAGAUGACUGCUUUUUGCACUAUGUUCUUAAAUAAAGCCCACUGUAGAUGACAUCAUGCCUAUUUACAAAAAUUUGUGCUUUCCUGCACAGAGGGCCUUAUUAAUAAAAGUCAAGUAGGAAUUGUUCUUUCUGUCCGUAGCCAAGGCCUUUCAUUCUCCUGUAUUACACUGUAAGUGAAUGGGGCUUUCUGGUUGCAGCAAGAAAUGCUUUUUCUUUAGACACUUUGUUAAAUAAGACCUGUGUAUGUAGAAAAGACCUAACUUCAUUUAUACGUGCGUUUCUGUGUUUAAAAUCUGUGUGUUAGCAAUUAGAAAAAUCUUAAUAUUUUAUAUCACCGGGACAAAGUAAUUGUUCUUAUGGCUUGUGUUAUGUGUAUACACACUAAUUAUGUGAUAAUCUGUAUAUAUUUUCUCUCAUCCUUUCUUUAUACUUUUUGAAGUUGAAUCCUCUUGGAAUGACCCAAGUGAAGAGAACUAAUAUAUAUGUAUAGAAGUAAAAAUUUGCAACAGUGAAGUAAAAGACAAAGUACUGUU